CUCUAUGGGCGCGCCCGGGGCGGGGCCGGGGCCACAAGAGGAAGCGCCGCCGGGCCGAGGAGUGCGUCCAGUUCUGCCGCCGCCAUGAUCAUUCCCGUGCGCUGCUUCACCUGCGGCAAGAUCGUCGGCAACAAGUGGGAGGCCUACCUGGGGCUCCUGCAGGCCGAGUACACCGAAGGGGAUGCCCUGGACGCGCUGGGUCUGAAGCGCUACUGCUGCCGCCGCAUGCUGCUAGCCCACGUUGACCUGAUCGAGAAGCUGCUCAAUUAUGCGCCCCUGGAGAAGUGACUGCACAGGAGCCUGCCCACCCGCCUGCCAUGCUGACCACUUGCCCAGGGUCCAUUCCACCAAGGUGUGGGUAGCUGGAAGCGAUGCCUGCCCCGAGCUGUGUGGGUGUGCAUCUCCCACUCUCAAAAGAACUCUCUAGUAAAGGUUUUGGCUGAGCCACAAGGAGGUCCUAA